UUGUCAUUGGUAUCCGUUUGCCCAAUAAUCUGAAUGGAAGCCGACUUCUACGAGCAGUGCGGGGUCUACUUGAUUUUCUCUAUUUCGCACAAUAUCCAUGUCAUAGCUCAGAGACCUUGCAGCUGCUGGACGACGCACUCAAUCUUUUUCACAACAAUAAGGACAUAUUUAUUGAUCUUGGUAUACGAAACAAUUUCAAUCUACCAAAACUGCAUGCAACUCGCCACUACUCUCUCAUGAUUAUGAUGUUCGGUACAACCGAUAAUUAUAAUACGGAGUACACCGAACAACUUCACAUUGACUAUGCAAAGGACGCUUACCGGUGCAACUAAUCACAAAGAUGAAUUUGUCCAGAUGACACACUGGCUCGAACGAAAGGAGAAGAUUCUCCGCUAUGAGAAGUACAUUAACUGGCGACUUGCUGGUGAUGUCGAGUCCGAGCCUUACCAUUCACAUCCUCCUGACAUGACUUUCCAUCGGCUUCAAAAAAUGACGAAGGACCCUAGUGCAAAGGCUGUCAAUAUUGACAAGCUUGUCGAAGACUAUGGCGCUACUUAUUUCCGCGAAGCGCUCGCACGCUAUAUCACACAACUCAACCACGCCAAUGCCCAUACUCAAAUACUGGAUGUGCUGGCACGCGAUGUCCAUCUCCCGUUCCGAACUCUCCCUGUUUUUCACAAAAUCAAGUGGCUCUCAGUAGAUAGUCGUGGUCUUGGUGAUGCAGCAGUCACGUUGGACUCUGUGCAUGCCAGACCACAACGGACCUCCGGUUCUUGUCUGUCUGCUCGUCGUUCGGAUACAGCUCUUGUGCGCCUUGGUCCCAAUACAGAUGUUAGUAUGGGUAUGGAAGUCAUUUUUUCAUUACCAUCAAAAUCACUAUCACUCCUCGUUGCGCCAACGGUCCAGGUUCCCAGCCACCUAGCUUAUAUUGAAUGGUUCACGCCAUUCCGUUCGACUCCUGAUCAAUGCCACGGACUUUACAAGCUCUCGCGAUCCUUUCGUGGUGGUGAAAAGUUGACGAUGCGUAGUGUCCAUCUGAUACCAAAUUUUGGUGCCGUCGUCCCACGGGAAUGGACGAGUGACACAGUUCUAGAUGAUUGUAAUACUUUUUGGUUGAACUCAUAUUUAGAUAGAUACACUUUUUGUAUCUUUAAAUAAUUCUCGAUAAUCGCACUGUAUUUUAUCGUGUCUUAGUAGGUUUACCUCUAAUACUUGUAAUUAGAUAGAAUUAUCUG